CACUCUCCCUUAGUUAAUUUAAUUUAGUGACUGACCACACAGUAAUUGUUACUGGACUGACCGUGCCCACCUUCUCUCUCUCUACUUGCUCUUAACUAUGGGAAUAAUUUUAAUGUAACUGUAACGGUAAAAUUAAAUGUUAAACAUCCCAUCGGGUAACUAACUAACUAUGAAUUGAUCAAAGAGUAUAUAUGAGAAGAAGAAGAAGAAGAAGGUGAUGUUCAAACUGUAAUUUAUAAUUUAUAUAAUUUAUAAUUUAUAAUUUAUAUAUAUAUCAUUCAUCUUUUCUUCUCUAUUGAUCUUCCAUAUCUAUUCUCAUCAUCUCAUCAUCUCAUCAUCAUAUAGUUAAUCCACUAUCACUAUCAAUUACUAUCACUGUCAUUUUUUGUGUCAUCAAUUAUUUAUUAUUUAUAUAUUUGCAUCUAUCAACUACUUAUAAUGUCAACUUAUACUAAAUUCACCAAUUGUAAUCUUAUCGAUAACGGUAAAGUCUAUAAAUCAACGGAUCUUUAUAUCAAUAAUCAAACUAAAAAAAUCGCUCAUCCUCCUCAUAAUAAAAAAUUAAUCACUAAUACUAUCGAUUUACAAGGUAAUUAUCUUGCACCAGGAUUUCUUGAUAUUCAAAAUAAUGGUAUCUACGGUUUAAAUUAUUCUAAUUUAAAUGAAAACUCAAAUGAAAAUGAUAUUCGUAUGUUUAAAUCAUUUUAUAAUGAUGCUAUGCAAAAAUAUUUAACUACAGGUGUAACUGGUGUUUGUCCCACCGUUACUUCAAAUUUCCCUGCUGUUUAUAAAAAAGUAUUACCAUUCUAUAAAAAAUCAAGAUUAUCAAAUCAAUCUGAUUCUUUAGGAGCUCAUUUAGAAGGUCCAUUUAUAAGUUUAAAAAAGAAAGGGUGUCAUCCAACUGAAACCUUUGUUGAUGCUCAAACUUCAGAUUUAUUCGAAGUUUAUGGUGGUGAAGAAAAUAUUAUUGAAAAUGUUUGUAUUAUAACUGCUGCUCCUGAAAUCCCAGGUGUAUUAGAAACUAUUCCUCAUUUAAUUGAAAAGGGGAUAAUCUUUUCUAUUGGUCAUACUAUGUCUGAUUAUCAAACUGGAGUUAAAGCCGUUCAAAAUGGUGCUUCAAUGAUUACUCAUUUAUAUAAUGCUAUGCCUCAACCUCAUCAUAGAGAUGUUGGUGUCAUUGGUUUAAUCAAUCCUCCUCAUGAAUUAUCCAUUGAAGCUCCUUAUUAUGGUAUUAUUUGUGAUGGUGUUCAUGUCGCUCCAUCCAUGGCUAAUUUAGCUUAUAAAUCAAAUCCUGAAAAAUGUAUUCUUGUCACUGAUGCUAUGCAUUUAAUUGGUUUACCAAAUGGUACUUAUAAAUGGGAUCAACAAACCAUCAUUAAAGAUAAUGAUCGUCUUUAUUUACAAGGUACUGAUACUUUAGCAGGGGCUGCUACUACUUUACCUCAAUGUAUUAGAAAUUUAGUCCAAUGGUCAAAUAUUACCUUAGCAGAAGCUGUUAAAACCGUUACUAAUAAUCCAUCUAUUUCAAUUGGAUUGGAAAAUGAAAGAGGGUUCUUAAAUGCCGGUUGUGAUGCUGAUCUUGUUGUUCUUGAUAAAGAUGGUUAUGUUCAAAAAGUUUAUAAAUUAGGUAAUGAAAUCGAAUCUUCCGAUGUGGUUACUCAAACAAUCGUUAAUAAUGAAAAAUUAUUAGCUUCCUUAUAAGUUUGUUUUAUAAUUAUUAUUUAUUAUUAAAAAAUAGAAAUCAAAUUAAAUCCCCUGUUGCAUUAUAUAUAUACUAUACAUCUAUACCUUACAUACAUACGUAAACUUGUUACAUAACAAAUAUAAUUCGUGAUAAUUAUCAUUACUACAACUUUAAAUUU